UUUUACAUUUCCAAAUUAAGAUUAAGGUUACAUUUUAAUAUUUACAUUAUUCUCUUCUGUGAUUAUAAAAUAAAACCGUCAUUAGAAAAGAGUACAGAAAUUGUUAUCGUAAUGAGAAAUAUAAAGGAGGCAUGGUAAUAUGUCCAAAGGAUGCGGAUAUCCGUUAAUGAAUACUUAAUCUAACUUAAAUAGCUUUUAUAAUACUUGAAAUUCCGGUGGGAAAGUUUUUAUUAAAACUAAAAUUUUAAUUAAAUAAGAACGUUUUUAAUAAUGUUUAGAAUAAUAAGUUUCGAUGACUCUGGCCGUACAUUAAUCGAUUACUAAAUACGCGAUGAGAAUCACGAUGUGUUUUUACGAAAUUGUCAAUAUGUUUGAAAAAAAGCCGAUAUUUUAACAAAUUGAUAUUAAGUUAAAACGAUCGCGUUGAUGAGCUUAACGAAUCCGCGAACAAUGCAAUUACAAAUUUCGCUGGGUAUUCCGUUGGAUGACAGAAGUGGAUCGUCAUGGCCGAGGAAAGAGAAACGGAAAUGGUUUCUGUCGUUGUUGUGUGGCACAUGUUUGAUAUAUGCUACACGUACAUCUAUCCCUUUAUUGAUGCCAAUCAUCAGUAAAGAAAAGCAUUGGUCAAAACCUGAAUCUGGCAUUAUACUAUCGAGCUUUUUCUGGGGAUAUACGUUGACACAAGUGAUUAGCGGUUAUAUUAGUGACAAAAUCGGCGGGCAGAAAGUAUUAUGGAUAUCUGCCCUCGGUUGGUCGGUAACGACCUUUUUCAUGCCAGAAAUUAUAGAAUUUUUUUCCAAUGAUCAGACUUCCGUUUUGCUUGUUGCAGUGGUGAGAAUGAUAAACGGAGCGUUUCAAGGAAUGCAUUUUCCUAGCAUGAUUAGCUUGAUUAGUCAACGCUUGCAUGAGGCUGAACGUGCCUCCUUUUUUAGUUUGUUAACAUCAGGAUCUGCUCUGGGCACAUUACUCACUGGAUCAUUAGGCUCUUAUCUUUUGGAGAAUUAUAACUGGAUGACUGUCUUUCGAAUCUUAGGGGGCAUGAGUUUGGCAUGGACAACCUUAUUAAGCUACCACAUUCUGCCAUUUAAGGGAAGAACUAUUUCUACUAAGUCAAACACUAGCUACACUUUGCCUUGGUUCAAGCUUUUAUCAAAGUCUCCUUUCUGGUCCUGUGUUAUUGGACAUGCUUGUCAAAAUAAUUGUUUUUUUGUAUUACUCUCAUGGAUGCCUACAUAUUUUCAUGAUAUAUUUCCCGAAGUUAAGAUUUGGGUUGUCAAUGUUAUACCAUGGUUAUCGAUGCUACCUUGUACAUUUUUGGGAAAAGUUAUGUCGGAAAGGAUAAUUAAAGCGGGUUAUUCUGUGACUUUGACGCGCAAGACAAUUCAAACGAUCUGUUUUGUCACUGAAAUUGGGAGUCUCUUAUUUUUGACAAAAGUGAAAAGUUUUCAAAGCGCAGUAUUGUGUCUUGCACUGACUAUUGGUGGUUCAGGCUUCCAUAAUAAUGCUAUUGCUGUAAAUCCUUCGGAUCUUGCACCAAAACAUUCCGGCAGUGUAUUUGGUCUGAUGAAUACCGUUGGUGCGAUACCCGGUUUUCUCGGUGUAUAUUUUUCCGGAUAUAUUUUACAUGUGACACACAGCUGGCAUGUUGUCUUUUUACUUAUCGCUGUUAUCGAUGCUUUAGGAUGUGUAACGUAUAUAUUAUUUGGCUCGGGUCAAGCAAUUAUAUAAAUUAUGUCCUGUACAGUCAAUGCGUAUUUCACUUAAAAUUUUUAGUAACAUGCUUUUGUGCAUAUAAAAAAAGGGAAGAAAAUAAUUGAUAAUACUUAUUAUAAAUAUCGCAAAAUGAAAAGUGCGAAA